AUGGCAGCUGUAGAUCUCUACCACGCCAGCUUCUCGAAGCAGCUCUUCAACUCACCGACAGCUUCUGGUCUGCAGCCCCUCUAUCAAAAAUGGCCCGAGUCAUGGCCGAGGCAUGAGAUGAGCAUGUUGCUCGGCCUCGACAUCAUCUCAUGCACGAUAUUGUUGCUUUACCUCUGUCGAAAACCGUUGCUGAGCUUAACUCCCCGCUGGUUAAAACCGUUUGCUCAAGAAUCUGCGCCGUUUCACGCAAAGGAAAGGAAAUGGAAUUUUUGGACGCUGUGUCUUAUCUUUCUUUCCCUUGUUGGUUUGGGGUUCGCUAUUAGCUGUGCUAUUGUCCAUUCUCACCAAAAGGUCUCGUUUAUGGGACUUGUGCCAUGGACGGUGACGACGCUUCUCACGAUUAUCGAUCUUCCUACUCGAGCGCCGAAGCUACUGCUGGUGCAGUAUUCACUCAUGAUGGCGGCUGCACUUGUACUCCAAGCAAUUUGGUAUCUCAGCUUCAAGACUAGCUCGAUGACAAUUUUCCAGAUUGCACACCUUAUUAUCGAGGCUCUGGCCAUCUUGGCCAUCGGAAACAUGCCCCUUCGCAAUCCGUUCUGGGGCUCUCUGGAUAUUGGAAACACCAAAGUCGCUCCGUCGAACAAAGUCCGCAGCCCAGAAGAUAACCUCACGCUCUUCCAGUUCUGGACCAUGACUUGGGUCAACCCUCUUUCCAAAAUCGCCAGCCACAGCGAGAUUGGCGUCGAGCACGUGUGGCAGUUACCAUACGAGUUUCAGCACUGGAGGCUUUACAUGGCUUUCCGCACCCUCAAGGGCAAACUUCUACCCUGUCUUAUCGAGGCCAACGGGCUGGAUCUUUUUAUAUCGACUUUUGCAGCCAUUGUUGAACGUGUCGCUGAAGUCUCCAACCUUCGUCUCACAAGUAAACUGUAUCAGGCUCUUGAUAAGAGUGAUCCUCAAGAAGCUGGUCUGUGGUGCAUGGUUAUUCUCUCCAUCGACGCUAUUCGUCAGAUCGCAAGGACGUCUUCGGGAUGGUACUCGCGCAAAGCAUACGAAAGGAGUCGUGGAGAGACUUUUAUCGGUUUAUUCGGGAAACUUCUCACGAGAGCGGUACCAGGAUCUGAAAUGACGGAGAAGGAUCCCUCGUCUGGUGAAGAAACAGACCCUUCCAACAAAUCUGGGAAAUUGUCUAAAUUCUUUCAACAAUGUCGUGGACGCAAAAAGCCAAAGACGGUAUCGCAGCCAUCUCAAGACCAUCAAGCCUCCAACGCAAAAGUCGUCAACCUCAUCCGCGGGGAUACCUACGAAAUAUCCCAACGAUUCUGGGAAUUCGCACGCGUGAUCGCAACGCCCAUCAAAGUCAUUGUGACUAUCUACUACCUCAUUGACAUCAUGGGCUGGCCUUCCUGUGUCGGCUUUGGUUUCAUGGUCAUCUUUAUUACCUGCAAUUCUUUCCUCGUCCGGCAGGUCAUCAAGCUGGAGCGUCAACGAACAGCUCAUUCUGAUCGACGAGCCCAGGCUGUUGCGCACUUUGUCGAGGCUAGUCGCCCGCUCAAGCUCAACGGCUGGACGUCGUCAUGGCGUGAUAGAAUCUUACGGUUUCGGGACGUCGAGAUGAGGAAGAGACUUCAUAUCUCCAUCGUCAACGCAGCUAUCUCGACCAUCAAUGUCUUUGGCGGUGCCGUGUAUCCUUUUGCGAGUAUUUGUCUGUAUACGCUUAUUCUCGGCCGUGGACUACCAAACGAUGUCAUCUGGCCUUCACUACAGCUAUUUGCACAACUUGAGGCGAGCACUAGAGAGGCUUUCGAUCUCAUCUCUGCAGUCUGGAAGUGCACUAUUCCUGUCGAGCGUGUCAACAAGUACAUGUCGGAACCAGACAGAGAUCAAGACGCGUUCAGCGGUUCGCAAGAUCGUGAUAUUGAAUUCGUCAAUGCUUCCUUUUCGCUUCCUGCUACCGACCAUCUUGUACUGCAAGAUCUCACCCUCAAGUUCUCAACGGGUCUAAACGUCAUCCGAGGAAAAGUCGGUUCUGGGAAGUCAAGUCUUUUACUUGCAAUUCUUAACGAGCUGGAACACCGCAGUGGAGUAUUCUCAAGAGCUGAUGAGCCGAUUGCGUACGCGCAGCAACUCCCAUGGCUGCAGAACAAGUCCAUCAGAGACAACAUCCUUUUCCACGAACCCUUUGAACAAGAGCGUUAUCGAAGUGUUCUCAACGCAUGUGCCCUACUUCCUGACCUCAUGACGUUUCCUCUAGCCGAUGAGACGAAAUUAGAAGAAGCGGGUAUUGGUCUUUCGGGUGGUCAAAAAGCGCGUGUUGCUCUUGCGCGAGCUGUUUACAGCAAGUGCCGGAUUCUCCUUUUGGACGACCCUCUUGCAGCUUUAGAUCAUGACACAGCGAGUUACAUUGUACAACACUUCCUUCGCGGGCCUCUAGCCCAGGGUCGAAACAUUGUACUCGUCACUCAUCGGGAUGACCUUGUUCUUAAACACGCUGAUCAAGUCGUUGAUAUUAAAGACGGUUAUGCGCAUGUCUUGACGCGAGAACAGCUAAACCAAGAACUCGAGCAUCCCCACCAUGUCAAUUCUGUUUCUACCGAUGUCCAGCAACACGAAACGACACAAGAACACGACGCUGAAGAUGUCCCCGGAGCCAAAGACGUUCCUGAGCAGAUCACAGAGACGGGAGCCAUUCCUUUCUCUAUUUACAAAAAGUACAUGGGUGCAGGAGGGUGGAUUCUAUGGUUUCUUUUGGCUUGUUUCUAUGGUCUUUCUCGAUACUGCGAUAUUGCCCGUGCGAGACUGCUUGAAGCUUGGGGUCAUGAAUCUGCAGGUCUUGAAGGGAUUAUUGCUAGUAGCUACUGGGGUCUUCCUAACCCAAGUCAACAUCCUCGGCCUUGGUUGUAUGUUCUGGCUGGACUUUCUAUCGCUCAGGUAGUAGCGUACGCUGCCGCUCAGGUCCUUCUCGCCUCCAUCAGUAUUCGCGCUGCUAAAACUCUCUUCAAAAUUGCCAUCGACAGAGUCAGCAAGGCAUCUUUUCGAUACCAUGAUACCACGCCAACAGGCCAGCUGAAGAACCGCCUCAUCUCCGACAUGGGUAUGGUUGAUGGUGGUAUCCUCGCACCACUCGAGUCAUUCGUAUAUAACAUGAUUGCUCUCGCUCUAAGUCUUUUCGCCAUCAUGACACACCAGGUCUUUCUCGUUCUCAUCAUUUUUGUCGUCGGAAUUCUCUUCUCGUACUUUUACAGUAUAUAUGUCCCCGCCUCGCGCUGUCUGCGCCGAAUGGAGAUGCGCUACCUUACUCCCAUCAUCGCCAAUAUCGGAGUCAUGCAGGACGGACUCGUCACUAUUCGUGCUCUCAAAGUUGAAGAACGUUUCCAGGAUAAGCACUUGGAGGCAGUCGAUGACUUUCAGAAACACGACCAUUUCUUCUGGAGCAUGACGUUCUGGCUGGACUUUCGACUCGGCAUGUCUUCAGCAAUCAUGCGGACCAUCCUCGUUCUUUCAAUGGUAUAUAUGGGUACUCCAGCCAGCGCGGUCGGUUUCGUUCUGACACAAACCAACAUCGCCAUGGUAGCUGUUCAGCAGCUUUGUGAGAAGUUUGCAGCGUUGCAACUAGAUGCCGUGUCGCUUGAGCGAGUAGACGCACUGAAGCGUGUCCCCGAGGAACCAAGGGGUGAUAUCGAACCACCUCAGGACUGGCCCAGACCGUGCGACAGCGUGCGCUUCAAUUCCAUGUCAUUCAAGUACGCCGAUGACCUUCCAGCCGUGCUAGACAACGUCACAUUCGAAAUUCCCGGCGGUUCAACGUGCGCCGUCCUCGGUCGAACAGGAUCCGGCAAAUCAACCAUCGCCAACGCCCUUCUCGCGACACAAGCACCAGCCUCAGGCUCCGUAACAAUAGGAAGCAUCGACCUCGCGAACAUCAACCGCACAGCGCUGCGUCACCGCGUCACAUUUAUCCAGCAAGACCCGAUUCUGUUCCCCGGCACGCUCCGCGACAACAUCGACCCGGAAACCAAGUUUUCCGAGCAGGAGUGCAACAACGCCAUUCAGCGUGUUCUCGGGGACGACUGGGCUCUCGACUCUCGCAUCGACGCGGGGGGCAAGAACCUGAGUCAGGGGCAGCGACAGCUCGUGGGUAUCUGCAGAGCCGUGCUGCGACGAAGCGGGCUUGUGAUUCUUGACGAGGCGACGGCGUCGAUUGAUCGGGGUACCGCGGCGACGGUGCAGAGAAUCUUGAGACAGGAGCUCAAGGAGAGCACUGUGAUUACGAUUGCGCACAGGCUCGAGGCAGUCCAGGAUGCGACGUGGUGCUUGAGGCUUGAUAGAGGUCGAGUUGUGGAGUGUGGUCCGGCGAGGAAUUUAGGGGAGGUGGGGGAGUAG